AUGGCGAUCUCCAGGAGGUGGGCGACCCCCGAGCACCGCUACCGGCUGUGGGCCAGGGGCCGCGGCUCCGACCAGCCCGACUUCGAGCUCGGUCAGGUGCAGUGCGUGCAAGUGUCCGCGGGCGCGCUGUGGGUGGCGAACAUGGUGGCGCAGCGGGGCGUGCGGCGCUCCCGCGGCGCCGCCCCCAUCCGCUACGACGCCCUGCGGGCGUGCCUCUCCAGGGUGGCCGCCUUCGCGGCGGGUGAAGGGGCCAGCGUGCACAUGCCCAGGAUCGGAUGCGGCCUGGCGGGGGGCAGGUGGGGCGAUGUGGAGAGGGUGGUGGAGGAGGAGGUCGUGGGCAGGGGCGUGGCCGUGUACGUUUACGACCUGGCCGCCGUUGGGAAAGGUCGGGGGGGAAGGAGACGCAGGGGAAAGAGUCCAGAAUCUGGGGAGAAAGGAGGCGAGGCGCUGCUUCACCCGCAGCCCUGCGGAUAG